AUGGGAGACGAGAAUAAGUUCGCAUUCUCGAAGUAUAAGUCUCGAUUAAUAAAGACUUAUUUUACGGAUUCUGGGGUGUUUCCAUCAACUUCUACUAGUUACCAGGAGUUUACGACAUUUAUAAAUGGAUUGGAGAAGAAAACGUGAGAGAAUUUUCACUUUAGGCACAUCUUUGUUUUUAGAGAUCAAAAAUUCUUCAAAGGAUUGGAUAAAAAUAAAGCCUUCACAAAGGAUGACUUGGGAGUUGUCCAAGGAUGUUAUGACCGAGGUCUAGACAGUCGAUUCAGGGUGGAAGAGACUGUUGUUGACCGGUUUCUUGUAAGAGAUGUAAGUUCUUGAAUAUUAUACGACUCUUGUCUUUAGAUACCAAACGAAGCUAUAAAACAGUUUGAAUAUGUGAUAAAGCUUUUUUUGGAAUUUAUCAACUGGAAAAAGAUGAGGAGGGUAACUCAGAUGAGGCAGACGCAAGCGAACUUGCCCAUUGCCGCUAGUAGAAAUGAUAUUAUAAAGAUUCUGGAUGAAGUAAGACUUCUUUUUCUUGGUUUAUGUGCUUAACCCGAUUUUUUAUAAUUAUUUGUCCCACAGAAUCAAGUUCUCAUCUUGGCCGGGGAUACUGGAUGUGGAAAAAGUACACAGGUAGGUCUAAUAAUUAUAUUUAUUGCUUCAAAUAGUAAAUAGAGAGUCUUUUUUAAGUGAAACUAUAUUUAGGGACGGAUUAAUGUGGAAAUGAGCGUUAGGAUUUUUGGAUUUGUGACCUUUGGUUGAGCUCAGAGAAGAUCUCUUGACUAUCAUAUUGUUGAUACGACGGAGUUUCUUGUUAUGUUUUCUGCUAAAGAGGAGGAGGAUUAAGGAUAAAGUAGACAAUGAGGUUGUUAUUGUGAGCAAAGGAUACACCCAGAAAGGAAUUGGGAUUUCCGGAGUGAUCGCCGAUUGUCUGAGAGCUGUGAUAUUAAUGGUCUGAGUCUCCAUACUGACGUUGCUGCUGAUAUUUAGGUACAAUUCAUCUUCUGUGAAUUCCAUUGUUCCGUUUCCAGGUGAUUUUUCGCUAUCGAAAGGCUAAAUUUGAAUAAAAAUAUGAAGAAAGUGAUCUUUUACCGCAGUAAUCUUCUCUCCAAUCUCAGUUACGAUCUUACUGAGAACUUCCAUGAAAUUCUUGGCUUUGAAUAAGUUAUAUUUGUUGAAAAUAUGUUCCAUCAGGUCGGUGGGCAACUUCAGAUCACUUCCAGUCCUCACAUAAGCCAUCUUGGCACCUUCAACUCCAAUAAAAAUCAGAAAGUUUUUACACGGGAGGUCUCUUAAUCCGAAUUGAUCCACCAAUCCAUCUCCGAAUUUUGUCUGCAAGAGCAAUUUUAUUGCGACUACGACCUACCAGAUCCAAUUCAGUUAUUGUAUGAUUUUUGGCCGAUUGAAUUCUUUUGGCCAAAAUUACAUAAAGCUGGAGGGAACUGGUGGAAUUAUCGUAACAUUGAAAGGGCGCUGUGUCCAUAUAUUUAACAUUAACUUGUUUUAGCUCUGAAAACUUGAUGUUUUCAUUGCUGGACUUACUUUCCAUUAGAUUGUUUAAAUUUUGAUGAAUUUGUAAUCGCCAUUGGUCGGUCAGAAUAUGAUCAGGGUCACAUAACGUAGAAUUAGACCAUGUAUUACACUCUGUGUAAUUGGACCGAGGAUCUGGAUAUGUGAGUGGUGUCCAUUCCUCAGUAUCAGCUCUCAGGACAGUGCCUGAGGCUAAGAGAAGAGACAAGAGAGAAAGCAUUCUAAGGCAUCUUAGAAUGAGUCAUCGCUGUCCAAGACUUACCGAACAGUGGUUGGACCGGUCACUCUCACAGUCGUAUUUGAUUUCGAGAGCGAACUGACUCGAAGGGAUCUGGGGAUAAACGUUAGAGCCUCUGAAAUAGUUGAUAGAGAAGUGAGAAAUGGUGAAGAGACUGGCAGGGAACAAUAUCAGGUCUUGCAUUCUCUGGUUUCAGGUCCCGCAAUACUUUCUUCAAGCUGGUUAUCGGAAGAUCGCAUGCACUCAGCCAAGGAGGAUCGCCUGCACGGCACUGGCCAAGAGAGUGGCUCAUGAAACGCUGAAUAUCUUCGGGAGUGAAGUCGCCUUCCAAACUCGGUUUGAAAAGACCAAAACAAAUCGAACUCGUCUUCUCUUCCUGACUGAUGGUCUACUUGUAAGACAGAUGCUUUCCGACCCUCUUCUCAGUCAAUAUGACGUUAUUAUACUGGACGAAGUUCACGAAAGACAUCUGGGUGGCGAUUUACUCGUGGCUUUGAUGAAGAUGUUGAUCCAGAGACGAAGUGAUCUCAAAUUGGUUCUGAUGUCUGCUACCAUCAACAUUGAUUUGUUCAGUGGAUACUUCGAAGGGGCACCAGUAGUACAAGUCCCCGGAAGAUUGUUUCCAAUAGAAGUUCAAUAUAUGCCUGUGAAAGAAUACGAUAUCGAAGAAAAGAAGAAGUCCUGCAAGAUAGAUUCAGCACCUUAUUUAAAGAUUUUACAAGUAGGUGUCAAUAAUGUUGAUUUAUCUUGCAGAUGAUCGAUAACAAAUAUGCUGGGAAGGAACGCGGGGAUAUGCUGAUUUUUUUAAACGGCAUUGGGGAGAUUCAGAUGCUAGCUGAUGCCCUGAAAGAAUACGCUGAUUACUCAAAGCGGUGGAUUAUAUUGAUGUUGCAUAGGUAAGUUACGGAUAUUUCGAUUAAAUUAUGUUAUCAUUUAGUACAUUAUCCGUGGAAGAGCAGAACAAAGUUUUUGAUAUUGCCCCAUCAGGUGUCCGAAAAUGUAUUUUGAGUACCAACAUUGCAGAAACAUCUGUAACUAUCGAUGGAAUCAGAUUCGUGGUGGAUUCGGGGAAAGUGAACCUUCUGAAGUUUGAUACUCCUACAAGAAGUCAUCGAUUGGCCGAAUGCUGGAUCUCACGGGCUUCUGCUGAUCAACGUAAAGGACGAGCGGGAAGAACGGGCCCUGGGAUAUGUUAUCGAUUAUAUUCUCAAGCUCAGAUGGAGAAGAUGGAUGCAUUUACUCCGUCUGAGAUUAAAAGAGUCUCCUUGGAAUCAUUGAUCAUGCAGAUUCUGAAUAUGGGAUUGGAAAUGGAUGUCCGCGACUUCCCUUUCCUCGAAGAACCCAACCCGGAAGCCUUGAAACAUGCAUUGGAAAUCAUGAUAUUCCAAGGAGUUGUUGAUCCUGUUGAUUCCAAAAGACUCACUCCUUUGGGAACAAUCCUCGCCACUUUACCUGUCGAUUUGCUGAUUGGAAAGGUGAGUCAUUCAAAUAUAUUAUAAUUUAUUGGCAGAUGCUUGUAUAUGGCGUAAUAACCAACGAGAUUGAUGUUAUCCUGACUGUGGCUGCAGGUCUUUCCGUCCAAUCCGCUUUUACAAAUCGAUCGUUCAGAGAUUAUGAUACUGUACAGAACAGAAACAGCCUGUUAUCUGAUAUUGGAGACGCGUUUACUCUGAUAAAGGUGUUCAGGUAUAGAAAAAGGAUGAGAAAUAUAUUUGUAGAGAAUGGAUUUACUUGAGAAGGAAAAGAGAUGACACCAAAAAAUGGUGCCGGAAAUGUGGAAUUGAAGAGAGUCGACUACUCGAGAUUGUAAAACUUCGAAGACAAUUCAGACAGAUCUUGGAACAAGCGGAAUUGUUGAAUACAAAAGUAGACAAAGAGUGGGAGAAUCUGAGCAGUAAGGAGAGGAAGAUCAAGUUGGGAGAGAAGAGGAAACUAAAUCUGUUGAAGAGAAAAGCCCAGCAUCAGACAAAGACAAGGAAAUAUCUGAAAGAAGGACAACAUUUUGACACAAUAUUAGAUCAGAAUGACGGUAAGGGAUCAGUUUUGACGCAAUUAUUUUUAAGAAGAUGGACCCCAAGACGAUAUAAAUUCCCUUGAGUUCCAAGUGCUGGUUGAUGACAAUGAGAUUACUCAACAGCUCAGAACUCACAAGUUGGACCACGAUCGUUCCCUUCUUGUUCAAUUUAUUAUUAGCAUGGGAUUAUAUCCUCAAUUUGCAAUCGAAGAUGCUCAUAAUAAUCAUCGAACCGGCUCAGAACAAUUCGCUCAUUGUGCCACAAAACCCUUUGCAAUUAUCCAUCCGAACUCCUCAUUGACGCCAGAAUCUCUGGAAAUCCAUAAAGAAAAGGACGGAUCUUCUUCGAACCAUCAAUUAAUUUUCUAUGGCCUAUUAUUGGAGACGAUCAAGCCCUUCUUAUGCAAUAAUACACGCACCCCCGCCUUAUUUUUAGUCUUGUUUUGCCGAAAUUUAAGUGGUUACCCUAAUUCAAUUGUUUUUGCUUGCAUUUGAAGAUUUCUUGCAAUUCAACUAGUUUUAAAAAUCAGCUAAUUGUAUAAUUUUAGGUCUCAUUUAACUCUCCGGAAUCAUUUUGUUGCGAUGGAUUUAUUGAAUUUAUCUUCCGGGACAAAGAAGAUACCAACAAAGUAAUUGAGAGAGCAAUUGUGAUCAGGGAGAUGGUGGAGAGAAUGAUAUCGGAGAAAUUGUUGGGAAAUUCGAUUGAAGAAGAUACGGAGAUGUUGAGGAAGAAAAUAUUCAGAUAUUUCAAACAUCUAACUCCAUUUACGUAGGUCAGGUUGCUUGGAUUGAUAGGUGAGUUUAGACUCAAAAGGUUUGUGAACCCCCCAAAAGUUGUCGAAAGCGGUGUUUUUGGAUUAGAUGGAACCAAAUAUGGAGGAGUGGAUGAUGAAAACGAAGUUCAAUUAGUCGAUGUAAGCAUUCAUGUCAAAAUAUGAAUAAGUGUAUUACAAUGCGGGUCAUAAUUAUAACCGCACUUUAAGAAUAACUUUUGUGGUUGCCAAUGGAAAUGUGACAUAUUUGGCGCUAAGGUGCAUCAGUGUACUAGAAUGACGUGUCAAAAAUUAUUUUGAAAAGUUUCCGUAUUUAUGAAAACGCUGCAAAAGUUACAAUCAUUUUUAAAGUGUAUUUAUGACCCGCACUGUAUUGUAGGAGGAACCAGAAGAGUUUGAGGAAGCUGGAAAGGAAGUGCCGGAGAAGAAAGGGAGACGUCCCUACUUCUGUGAACAGUGUGAUCAGACCUUAUUCUUUGAUAAUAACGUCCAAAUACUUCAUCAUCGAAAAUCUCACCAUGUAUGA